AUGAUGAUGACACAACCCCUAGUUAAACUUACAUUCCAAUGAACUAAAUCUUGAGAGAAUAUAUAAUAGAUUACCAAAAAUCCAACGUAUUGAAUAUUCAACUACCAGUAGGUGCCAUCAUUUGAACAAUUUCCAUUAUAACAUUAGCAUGGUCGAGUUUGCUCAAUUGCCAGAUGAUAUAAUAUUCUUAAUAUAUGAUCAGUUAGAGGUAUUAAGCAUCAAGAAAUUACAAUAUUUCCCGGAGUUGGCUCAAGGGAUAAGGCAUUACUUGUAUGGACACAGUCGGUAUUUGAUUUGUUUGGAUGAAGAUCCCAAAGUGUUGACUGAGCACAAUCAAAAUCAGCAAAGUCAAUUUAGACAUAGUGAAAUAGAAGAUACACCAUUUGAUAUGGCAGGAUAUAAACUAUCCAAACUUAUCCAUAAUGAAUCUAUGAGAAAUCAUAUAUCCCAUUUUAAAUAUUACCAAAUCGAGAUCUUGAUUUCUCAAUUUGACAGCACCUUAGCAUUGCUUGAACUUUACAAGCCGGUGAUUCACGAAUUAUUUUAUAGAGAAGAGGAAGAAGGAACAAAGAAUAUUAGAUUGCAUAUUCGUUUACAUUACACGAUGAAUACGUUUUACGAUAUGAAGAAUUGUUUGGUUAAUGUGGACAAGAUCUCGCAUUUUUUUAACAAUAACAAUAAAAACAGCGUGCAAAUAGAUUUGGAAUUAAAUAGACGAUAAUAGAACCUGAAGCAUUCUUCGGAACCCAAGGGAAACUGUAGAGAAUGUGACUUUUUUUGUUUUGUGUAGGUCACUAGUUAAUGAAUUGUCUUGACGUAGGCAAAGAAAAAAAAAACCAUGACACAACAAUUACGUCAUUUGGCAACCAAAAUUAGAUUCGUUUAAUAUAUCUGUUAAAUCAAAGUAUGAUACCGCCCAAAAUAAACACCCUGACCAUAAUAUUAACCCCGCCGUACAAGUCAUUCAAUUCUCCCUCGAGUAUGACCUUACGGUUUAAGGGAUCUUGCAGGGUAGAAAAAGUGGUUUUUUUGAACUCAGCCGGGACAAGAUUUCCUUAGCCGGAAAUAAAAAA